CAUGGGCAUGUUCUAUUUACUUCCGGUUUGGUUUGCUUCAGGAUUACACGUGUGUUGACAACCGGGUACUGUUCCUGGCUAGUGUAUGCAUAUACAUUUCAUUUAAUUCCGUUUCCAAAACGAUAGAUUCAUAUCGGAUAUAGUAUUCAUCUUCCACCAUGGGGCCGCCGAAGUCAAAGAAAAGGAAGCCGACCUUUCGGCGUCUUCUGAAGACCAGCAGUGUGAAAAUCGAAAACAAGACGAAGAACCGACGGUUCAAAGCUGAAAACGCCGACAAGAAACACCGCAAAGAGCAGAGGAAGUUGAGGAAUGCGCUCAAGGAUUCCGCCUCACGGGCUCCACGGCCGCUGGAGGUCUACAAGAAGAGGCCGGAGGAGGAGUUGGAAGAUGAAGAUGAGGAGUUUCUGGAGAGCCUUCCUACAGACAUGAUGGAGGAUGAAGACCUGGAGCAGAUUAAAGCCAUGGCCCGAAAGGCAUCCUUUGUUACCAGGGACCUGUCAUCAAGCGAGCCGAUCCACAGCAAGAAGAGGAAGGGGGAACAGAGUGCGGAGAGCUACGAGAAACAUCCCAGGAAGAUGAGGAAGGAGGAGCAGAAGGAGGUCAUCCACCUGCUGCCCAUCAAAGACAAGAGCAGGAUCAUACCGCAGAGCAUGGAGAAGCCAGUUGAACAAAAAGUGGAAGACGAUGAAGAGGAUUAUGAGGACGCUGAACUAUCAGCAAACGAGGAGGAGCUAGAAGAGGCCUUACCACUGACAGCAGAGGAGCGGGAGACUCUCAGAGCCAAGAAACUGACGGAGAAGAAGCUUUGUAUCGCUAUGCUGGGGUCGGCCAUCAUCUCAGACCCUAACAACAAUAUCAAGAAGUUGAAAGAGCUGCGUGGCAUGCUGAUGGAGACGGACUCUUUGGUGGCGGUGACGGUGCGUAAGCUGGUGAUGGUGUCGCUCAUGGAGAUCUUCAAGGACAUCGUUCCCGCCUUCCGGAUCAGACCCCUCACCGAGGAGGAGAAGAACGCCAAGGUGAAAAGGGAUACCCAGCAGUUGAGGGAGUUUGAGGAGGGUCUGGUCAGUCAGUACAAGUUCUACCUGGAGAACCUGGAGCAAACCAUCAAAGACUGGAAGCAGAAGAAGCUGAAGCGCUCACAGGCGGUGGCCCUGCAGGCGUACCGCGGCCUGGCCGAGGUGGCCAUCCGCUGCGUGUGUGAGCUGCUGGUGGCGCUGCCGCACUUCAACUUCCACAACAACAUCAUCGUCAUGCUGGUGCCGCUGAUGAACGACUCGUCAAGAAAGGUGUCAGACAUGUGCUGCGAGGCCAUGAAGACGCUCUUCAGGGAGGACCGGCUGGGCUACGCCUCUCUGGGGGCCGUCAAGGUCCUCUCCGGGAUGAUCAAGGGCCGCCACUUCAACGUCAGGCCAGAGCUGCUGAAGACCCUGAUGUGGCUGAGGAUCAGGGAGGUGGACCUGAAGAGAGACACGGACGAAACCGCGCCAAAGAAGAGGUUCAUGAACAACAAGGAGAGGAGAAAGAGCCUCUCCAGGAUGCAGAGAAAGUGGAAGAAAGCCGAGGAGAAGUUGGAGAAGGAGCUGCUGGAGGCUGAGGCUUCAGACAACAAAGACAAGAAGAUCAAACUGCACACAGAGACUCUCGACAUCGUUUUCCUGAUCUACUUCAGGAUCCUCAAGAAGGCCCAGAAGUCUGUGCUGCUGCCCGCAGUUCUGGAGGGACUGGCCAAAUUUGCUCAUCUAAUCAAUUUGGAGUUCUUUGACGACCUGCUGAACGUUCUGCAGAACCUCAUCCGAUCAGGGGAUCUGACCAAUCGAGAGAGCCUCCACUGCAUACAGACCGCCUUCAACAUCCUCUCUGGACAAGGAGACGUCCUUAACAUCGACCCGCUGAAGUUCUACACUCAUCUGUACAAGACCCUCCUCUGUCUCCACGCAGGGGCGCCGAAUGAUGACAUCAUCAUCGUGCUGCAGUGCCUGGACGUGAUGCUGACCAAGCGCAGGAAGCAGGUGACCCUGCAGAGGGCGAUGGCGUUCGUCAAGCGGCUGUGCACGCUCAGUAUGCACGUGCUUCCCAACGCCAGCAUAGGCAUCAUGGCCGCCAGCCGCGCCGUCUUUCACGCCUUCCCGAAGUGUGACCUGCUCCUGGAUAACGACGGCCAGGGCAGCGGGGUGUACCUCCCCGAGCUGGACGAACCAGAGUAUUGCAACCCCCAGAACACAAGCCUGUGGGAACUACCCACACUAAUGCGUCAUUACCAGCCCAUUGUGAGGAAGUUUGCAGCCCAUCUCAGCCAUGGGGCCCCCAGCGACGGUUCCGGAGCCCUCGGUGUGAACCUCAGCAGGAGAUCACCCGGGCAGCUGUUCGCAGACUACAGUUUCAGAGACAUGACCUUUAACCCUCCCGUCGGCGCGCCCACCACCAAGAAAAGGGAUCACUUCACAAUAGGACAUUGCUUGUUGGACCAAGAGCUGAAGAAACAGGUGGACAAGGUUCUGUCUGUUCCCGACGAAGACGACGACACCUCACUGGACUUCUCUCAGGCCUUGACACAGACCUCGACGUAACGAGGCCGUACACACACGCCCACAAAUCUGCGCAUACACGCAUACGUCGACUAAUCCACAGCAGUAUGGCCUGAGAAGAUGCGCAUGGCAAAGACUGAUUACCAUAGGGUUUGGAUGUCUUCAGCUCAACUACCCAAGAAAGAACUCCAGAAAUGUCUGUUUUUUAUGAAUCCUAAUCCUGUAAACAAAUAUAGUUAUCAAAUAAAAGAGUUUUCCUAUGAACUGAA